GCGAAGUGGGAAGAGCCGGACGUGCCGGUCUUUCGUCGUGCUCUUCUCCUCCUCCUUCCUCCUCAAUCGCAGAAAUCCCUCCCCGAUGGAGGGCAGCAGCCACGGCGGGUCUUCCACCACCAGGAGCAGCAGCAGCACCGGCAGCACCGCCGCCGUUCAGGCCACCAACGACGACGCCGCCGCCAGCAAGCUAUCCUGUGUUAAAAAAGGAUACAUGAAGGACGAUUAUGUGCACUUGUUUGUUAGAAGACCGAUCAGGAGGGCUCCAAUAAUCAACCGUGGAUAUUUUGCUCGUUGGGCUGUUCUUAGAAAGCUCCUCCUUCAAUUUCUGAAGACAGAAAGUCAGUGCAAUGACAGCGACCAGAAGCAAAAGCAGAUAUUAUCUCUUGGUGCUGGCUUUGAUACGACUUAUUUUCAGCUGAUGGAUGAAGGGAUUGCACCUCAUCUUUAUGUGGAACUUGACUUCAAGGAGGUAACCAGCAAGAAAGCUGCUCUCAUAGACCACUAUAGCCAAUUAAGGGAAAAGUGUGGACCGGAAGUAUCUAUUUCGAAAGAGAAAGGUGAAAUCAUAAGCAAUCAUUACAAACUACUUCCUGUUGAUCUGCGUGAUAUCCAAAAAUUAGAUGCCGUCAUCGAUCUGGCUCAGUUAGAUCCUCGCCUGCCAACCUUUAUAAUUGCAGAGUGCGUGUUGAUAUAUCUAGAUCCAAUUUCGACGCGUUCUAUUGUUCGAUGGGCUUCAGAAAAAUUUGCAACUGCAGUCUUUUUCCUAUAUGAACAGAUCCAUCCUGAUGAUGCAUUCGGACAGCAAAUGAUAAAAAAUCUUGAGAGUCGAGGAUGUCCUCUCCUCAGUAUACAUGCUACACCAACCUUAAAAUCCAAGGAGAAGCUUUUUCUCGACCAGGGAUGGCAGGGUUGUAGUGACAUUAUUGAUCUUCAGAGAGCUGUUGCUUGGGAUAUGCUGAAAAUAUAUAACGAAUUCCUUGACAUUCAAGAAAGGCGCAGGAUUGAGAGACUCGAGUUGUUUGAUGAGUUUGAAGAGUGGUAUAUGAUGCAGGAACAUUACUGUGUGGCGUAUGCAAUUAGUGAUGCUGAGGGCCUGUUCCAUGAUUUCGGAUUUCCAAAGGAUGAGCAUCUUCAAUCUUCAACCUAGUUAGAGCUGUAAAUUUGAAAGGAUUCCCAUAACAUCGGUAGAUCCAUCGUCGAGUAUAAAUGUUGUAAUUGUGCGGAGUAAUGAAUCUUAUAAUUGGUGUUGAUUCGUCUUGCGCAUUGCAGUGCAUACGACGACAAUCUAAACAAAAGUGUUGAACUAGUGAAGAGCCUCUGCUUUGCAGUGGGACCUCUUUUUUUUCCCUUUCUUUUUCUUUUUUUGUUGCAAUCAGUAUCAUGUACUGUAAUAGUCUUAAUCAAACGGAUCCAUAAGCAGCUGGAAUUACCAUUUCUUAAUCAAGUAAUUUUCAAAGAAUUGGAGGUUGCAGAUUCAUGGUUAAA